GUGUAAAUAAACAGUCGAGAAAGUUAUACAGCAGUAUUAUUAAUAUUGUACUAUUAACUAACUUUACAUAUCCUUUCCAAUAUACAGUAUAAAAGUUAAUUAUGAAUAGUUAGAAAUAAAAUUAAUUGCAAAUUAAUUACUUUUAAUCACAACAAAAUAAUUUAUAUACAAUAAUAAUGUCCGUAAGUCUCGCGCGACAGAACUUCCAUCAGGACUCUGAGGCCGGUAUUAACAAACAAAUUAACCUCGAGCUCCACACCUCCUAUGUGUACGAACAGCUGGCAUGGUACUUUAACCGGGACGACGUGGCCCUUGAUGGUUUACACACUCUAUUCAAGGCCAGGGCUGACACCGAGCGAGCCCACUCGCGCACACUACUGGCCUAUCUAAACAAACGAGGUGGUCGUGCAGUGCUGUACGAUAUCCCCCGACCGGUCAAACAAGAGUGGGGGUCACCGGUGGAGGCUCUGGAGGCGGCCCUACAGCUCGAGCGCACCGUUAAUCAGGCUUUUAUUGACUUGCAAGCGGUCGCCGACCGGACUAAUGACCCCGCGUUUACUGAUCUGAUUGAGUCCGAGUUUCUACACGAUAGGGUUGACCACAUUAAACGACUGGCCGAUCACCUGACUAAUCUAAAACGUUAUUCAAUAAUAAUGUCAAACGUGAGACAGAACUUCCAUCAGGACUCUGAGGCCGGUAUUAACAAACAGAUUAACCUCGAGCUCCACGCGUCCUAUGUGUACGAACAGUUGGUAAGUCUACAUCUCAAUAAUAUUAGUAUAACCUAG